AUGGCGUCUCUGAAUCAGCGCCCGCUCGAGAAGCGAGACAGGACCAACGAAAAUUUUGACAAGGCAGCAAAGAACUUGUUGUCGCGAUGUGACCAAAUUAGGCAGCGAUAUGGUGCAGACGUAUACAUUCAAGUCCGUCGGAUGCAUAAACACUACGAGUACACUUCCUUGAAUGAGCCAUCGUGGCCGAAGACCAAGACAGAGAUGGUGAGUGCAAUUGUGGAGCAACCGCUCAAGGCUAAUAAUAGUACCUUGAAGGAAAGAACGUACCCUGUUCCUGUGAUGAGAACGCCCCUAGACUUUGUCAGUCGGCGAAGCCGUGCCCCGACCAGCCACCCCUCUUCUCCAACUCGCAGACUAAGGGGGGCCGCCGCCGAGGAAAAGGACGCCCAGCAUCGCGGUGAUAAUGGAGCCUCAAAAGCAGACAGCAGCAAGGCCCCGGUCCAUCGCGUAAAUGCAUACCAUUCCGGCAACCUAAUAGAGGUAGAGGAGAGAUCAGAGGAUGCCGCACGCUGCAGGGAGCUAGUCAAGAGUGACAGCUCGUAGAGGGCAUGUGUAGUAAAUCGUAGAUUUGGUUUGCCAGCCGGGAGCCGGGAUCCGCUGUGGGGUACAGCUGGGUUGAAAGUGUGAGUGAGCCUUUGGGUUGCAAACAAACAAGCAAACAAGCAUUGGCAUUCUGGACGCUGCCUGCCCCCUUUCGACAUUUCCUAGCAAUGACAUCAUGCUGCAACACCCAUGUGAAUCUUGCGCAGGCAGGUGCAAGUAUCUAAAUUAACCCGUAGCCCCUCUGCACUUCCUCUCUUAUCCUCAGCAAUUUGCUCAAGACCAUUGAUGGCGGCUAACCAAGACGCACAGGGCGCGUUGCAGCAGGCAGAGAGAGGCCUACCACACAGCGACUGCUCAACCAACUAACCUACAUGAAGCUGAAGGACAUGUGCGUCUAUCCAGAGUGCGAUUCACAUCACUAUCAUCACCCUCACUAUCCGCAGAUGAUGGCGGCGGCGACGCUGCACUCCACAUCGGGAUUGAUCUUUCGCAGGUAUCACAGGACCCGACAGCCGGGCCACUCGC